AUCGAUCGAUGUUCCUAGAGGAGAAAAAGCUCCGCAAUUCAGGCAUGCAAUUCUUUUUAAAUAGUGAAAAUAGUGAAAAUAAAUUGUACGUUUUAUGAAGUUUUCAAGAAAAACAAACAAAAAUGAGAAAAUCGAGAAAUUUGUGAAUAAUUAAAAAUAUCGGUUAAUGUUAGAUCUUUUGAAUGAUCAUCGAUAAUAUUUUCAUAAGUAUGCAAUUAAGUGUGUAUAAGAUAAAUUGAACAAUCGUCAAGAAUAACUUAAGAUAACAAAUGUCGCAAACCGGACUAGAAGGGAAUUUUUUUGAUGCUGUGCGGCAACUGGCAGAGAGUGAAAUUGAACUUAUCAAAGUUAUCGAGGAAUCUACUAUGAAUCGUCAAAAGAAUACUACAGAUAUGAAAUCGUCAACUAAAAAAAAGAAUAUCAAGAAAUCACCUAAACUCUCUAAUGUAAAGACUCAACCAUCUGCCGCUUUAUUGGCAGCUAAACAAGAGGCAGCGCAACGCAAAAUAUUACAAAAUAAAAAAUCAAAUACUAAUUUUGUAUAUGACAUUUAUCAAAAAAUAAGAGAUGCAUACGCUGUUGUGCGUAAAGAAACUGGUAUUGUUUAUGAUCGUUCUAUGGAGGAUCAUAAAUGUUUGUGGGAUGAAAAUUAUCCAGAAUGUCCAGAAAGAUUAACAAGGACCUUAGAAAGAUGUGAUGAGUUAGGAUUAUUAAACAGGUGCAAAUUAAUUCAACCAAGAUUUUGUACAGAAAAUGAUAUACUUCAAAUGCAUACCCAAAAACAAAUAGACAUUUUAAAAGAGACCAGUGGAUCUAUGGAUUUGGAUAAAUUAGAAACACUAUCUUCUAAAUACGAUGCUAUAUAUGUUAAUCCAUCCACUUUUAAAUUAUCUUUACUGGCUGUCGGCUCAACGAUAAAUUUGAUAGAAAGUAUUUGUAAGGGUGAUAUACAAAACGGCAUGGCUAUUAUCAGACCACCUGGGCAUCACGCGAUGAAAUCUGAAUAUUGUGGAUAUUGUUUCUAUAAUAAUGUGGCUAUCGCAGCAAAAAAAGCUUUAAAUGAUAAUUUAGCUAACAAAAUUCUUAUCGUUGAUUGGGACGUACAUCAUGGACAAGCAACUCAACAAAUGUUUUACGAUGAUUCACGUGUAGUUUAUUUUUCAAUACAUCGUUAUGAAAAUGGAACAUUCUGGCCUAAUUUAGAAGAAUCUGAUUUUCAUUACAUCGGCGAAGGCUUGGGAGAAGGUUACAAUUUUAAUAUACCACUUAACAAAACUGGCAUGACAAAUGCUGAUUAUAUUGCAAUAUUUCAACAAGUUUUGUUACCAAUGGCUUACGAGUUUCAACCAGAUCUCAUAAUAGUAUCAGCUGGUUAUGAUGCAGCAUUGGGAUGCCCAGAGGGUGAAAUGGAGAUAACACCUGCAUGUUACGCUCAUCUAUUGUCGUCCCUAUUGAGUUUAGCAGGGGGGAAGAUAGCGAUUAUAUUGGAGGGUGGUUAUUGUCUAAAGUCAUUGGCUGAAAGCGCUGCAUUAACUCUGCGAACAUUACUAGGCGAUCCAUGUCCUAUGUUGCAAACAUUGCAAUCACCGUCAUUAAGUGUACGUGACACAAUUUUAAAUAGCAUCUAUGCCCACAAACAAUAUUGGAAGUGUUAUCAAUAUCAAGAACAAUAUAGUAUUAAUAACAGAAUUGUCAGAAAAGAAGGAAAUAAUGAUCAACAUUUGCCCAUUGUUAAUUACACCGGAGAAGUGUAUAAACCAGAUUUUUACGACACACGGAAUUGUUAUCCUAUUCAAAAUAAAGACAUUUUUGAAGCAUUAGAUAAGAGAUUAGAUUCAUUGAUAAAAUCUACAAAUUUAUUCAAAGCACCUAACAAAGUAUGCAUUGUAUAUGACAACAGAAUGUUGAAACAUUGCGAUGCCGUUAAUAACACGCAUCCUGAAAAACCUAAUCGAAUCGUAAGCAUUUAUAAGAAACACGAAGAGCAUGGUUUAUUAGAACGGUGCUAUUUACAACAAGGAAGAGUGGCUACAGAAGAAGAACUACUAUUAGCUCAUUCGCAAGAUUAUAUUAAUGCGAUAAAAAAGACGGAAACAUUUAAAUCUAAAGAAUUGGAAAGACAAGCAUCCAAAUAUAAUUCUGUUUAUUUGCAUAACGAAACAUGGUUUUCUGCUUGCGUAUCUGCUGGUUCAUUACUUCAAAUUGUGGACAAUGUAUUAAAUGGAGAAGCGCAAUCUGGAGUCGCGGUAAUAAGACCUCCAGGACAUCACGCGGAACCAAAUUCAGCUUGUGGUUUUUGUAUUUUUAAUAAUAUUGCAAUAGCAGCAAAAUAUGCUUUAAAUAUUCAUAAUAUAAAGAGGAUAUUAAUAGUAGAUUGGGAUGUACAUCAUGGAAAUGGUACUCAAUUUAUUUUUGAAAAUGAUCCAAGCGUGCUGUAUACAUCUAUCCAUCGUUAUGACAAUGGAAAUUUUUUUCCACAUUCUAAGCAAGGCAAUUACACAUCUGUUGGAUUAGGAUCAGGAGAAGGUUAUUGCGUAAAUAUACCAUGGAAUAAAAAAGGAAUGGGAAAUGCAGAAUAUAUAGCUGCAUUUCAACAAGUUGUGAUGCCGAUUGCUUAUCAAUUUAAUCCAGAAUUAGUUCUAGUUUCUGCAGGCUUUGAUGCUUGUAUCGGAGAUCCGUUAGGGGGAUGUACAGUAACACCAGAAAUGUAUGGACAUUUAACGCAUUGGUUAUCUUCAUUGGCGAAUGGACGUGUUAUUCUUAGCUUAGAGGGCGGUUACAAUAUAAAUUCCAUUUCUCAUUCAAUGGCAAUAUGUACAAAAGCAUUACUCGGUGAUCCAUUACCCUUGCUAGACGCUUCGUUAAUACCGUGUUCAAGUGCAAUACAUUCUAUAAAUAACGUACUCAAAGUGCAGAAGAAAUAUUGGUCGAGUUUAAUGUUCAAUUUAUCGUUGCCUAAAGAAAAUCUCAAAAAAAUUGCUACUAAUAUUAAGAUGAACGAUCAAAUUAAAAAUUUUCAAUUCAAUCAACAUUCGGAGUCGAAAAUUGCCUUGGAGGGUAUAGAAAGUGAAAAAUUGGAUAUCAAGCAUGCGUUUAAUAAAUAUAGUAUGAAUAAAAUAUCGGGCGAAGAAAUAUUGAAACUUCAAAAUGAGAUAAAAAAUAUUAAAAUAAGGGAUUCUAAAAUUGCGAAGGAAGAAAAAACUAUAGAAAUUGCUAGGGCGUGUGUAAAUAAGGAUCAACGAAAAGAGGGAGAUAGAAAAGAGACUGCAGGAAGUUCUAAUAAUCCAGGAAAUAGUAAUGAUUCUGGAGAAAAUAGAGGAGCUCUUGAUGAAGCUGCAGCAACAAAUUUGACCGAUUUUCUUUCUGAUAACUGGCAGGCAUUAACAGAUAGGAAAAUGUUUGCUGUUAUACCAUUAAAAGAAUGCCCACAUUUAAAUACCGUUAACAAUGUACCUCCUUGCGGUAUUGAUAUACAUUUACCAUGCAUCGAAUGUAAUAGUAAGACUGAAAAUUGGAUUUGUCUACAAUGUUACACUGUACAUUGUGCAAGAAAUAUCAAUCAGCAUGCAUUGUUACAUUCCGAUGAAACUUUGCAUCCUUUGACUUUAAGUUUUAGCGACUUGUCAGUUUGGUGUUAUGGAUGCUCAGCUUAUAUUGAUAAUCCGAGAUUAUACGCGGCUCGAAAUGCUGCGCAUCUGAGUAAAUUUAAUCAAGAAGCACCAUGGAUUUACGGGGUACAAUGAAUUAGUGCCAUAUUUUGCUCAUAAUUACAUAUAGCAGGUAUAAAUGAAACCAGAUAAUUUAAUAUCUUUACAUGUUAUCUUUACUAUCAAUCUUAAACACUUUACUAAAUCUUUCCAAGGAAACGCGUAGCUCUUUUUUUUUUAUAA